ACACCGGGAACCACUUCUGGUUCAAGCUUCGUUCGAUCAACAUCCACUGGUACCAGACGAUCAACAAUGGCAGACCUCAGCAGCAAAGAUGUCGAAAGGGCAGAGUUCGCUUUCUCCAUUUACGAUGAGGACGGUACCAACGUCAUCGAUGCGGUUAAUCUUGGCAAUGUCCUUCGCGCGUUGAACUUGAACCCCACGAAUGCAACCAUCGAGAAAUUGGGCGGCACGAAAAAGAAGGGCGAGAAGAAAAUGAAACUGGAUGAAUUCCUGCCUAUCUUCAGCCAGUGUAAAAAGGACAAGGAACAAGGAUGCUAUGAGGACUUCCUCGAGUGUUUGAAGUUGUAUGACAAACAGGAAAACGGCAUGAUGCUCGGUGCAGAAUUGUCCCAUACGCUCCUGUCACUUGGUGAACGUCUUACUGACGCGGAAUGCGAGGAAGUGCUGAAGGACUGCAUGGACACAGAAGACGAUGAUGGUUUCAUCCCCUAUGCCCCCUUCUUGAAGAAGAUGAUGGUGCUGUUGUAAAUGGUCGAGGUGUUAUUCAGACAAUGAUCGUCCAUCCGUUCCUUCGUAAUCUGUGUGAGAGGGCGGCAGCGCCAAACGACGAAUAGUUGGAUGAUCGCUGUCAACAUCUAUCCGCCAAGCUCCACGUCGACGAUGGACACAUUCGCCAUAUUCGCUCGUCAUAUUCACCGUCCUUCUCAUCCCGCCGCUGAAUCACGCGAGGAUCCAUUUAAUAAUUUGCAUGUGAAUCGUGAUCCUGAAAUCAACAACGUCGAAGCGCCAGCAGCAUUUUAUCGGGAAAAAGCAAGAUAGGAGAAAAACCUUCACGAUCAUUGAGUUCAAAAAGAAGAUCAUUUCAUUUGGAACGCACGCAACAUACUCAUAUUACUCGAUUUGGUUUCAUAUAUAUUGUUAAAUUUGCAGAAUACGAAAGUAUGUGUAUCUUAAUAGCAACAUUGUACAAAGUCGAAUGAAACGAUCGGUAUUAAUUUACUUCUUACUGUUACUGUAAUAAAUCGCUCCUCUCGAACCAACGGAGAGGAUUAAAAGUUGUCU